CCCAGUCAGUUUGCUUCGAGUACCAGGAAGAUAUUCUGAAGGCACUGAAAGAAUGUGAAUCUUGCUGGCGCCAUCCGGUACAUCUUAUGCCCUCGCAGCUGGUCCCCCGCCAGACGGCCCUCGAGCUAAUUCGUGGUAAAUGCACCAAGCAAAUGUACCGCCGGACGACGAAGCAUUUGGCAAUCUAUCUGCUGGAUGUGUUCCUGUGUAACCAUUACAUUCCGGAGGAACGGCUGGAGCUGGUAGCACUAACCUGCUUAAGUCUGGCUUGUAAGAUCGAGGAGAACGAUCCGGAUAUACCAUCGCUGACUAUGCUCAAUUCCUUCAGCAGCGAACCCUACAAACGUGCCGAUUACAUGGCGAUAGAAAUGACCGUGUUGAUUUUUUUCCGUUGGCACAUUACCAUCCCGACGGCCGCCACUUUCCUCGAGGUUUACGCGCUGCACUGCAUCGAUGAGGAGGAUUUCGCGCUUCCAGAGGUUAGCAUUGCAACAGGGUUGUUUGAUGAAGUAUUCGAUAAAGUGAACGCGGCCAGCUUAGAUUUCCUUGACGGUACGCUCUCCAAAAACGAGAUGGCAAACGUAAAGCCUUCGCUGCUGGCAGCAGCUUGCGUAUCCGCUGCACGCUGUGCACAACCAAAUAUCCGCGCUUGGAGCAAUCGAUUGACCACCGUGACUGGCUACGAGUAUUCUGAAGUGCUCGAUGUUUGUACUACGCUGGUAACCGGUAAGCUGCCUACGUCCCCAACAACUUCCUUCGUGCCGAAGCUGGGAAAGAAACGGUCGUUAUCUGAAACAGGCUAUCAAUCCACUUGCGAUGUGGGAUCGGAGAGUGACAGUGCAGAUUGCAGCUUCACCAGUGCCGCUGGUAGUAGCUACGACGAUAUGCUCAACUCCACCUGUGAUACCGGCAUUGUCCGAGAGACAAAAAAGCAAAAGCUUCAUGAGUGCUAGAGUUUAAA